AUGCAGAAUGAUAACCAAGAAGGAGUCAUGUCGGGCAUCAAGUACCCAGGAAAGCACGAUGUUAUAUGUGGCAGAGGAGGCCACUCAACCACACACACAGGCAACGUACAAUUUCGUCUGCUUGUUGACCAGUUCAAAGACGAAUAUUUGAAGUCAAUCAAGGCAGAGAGGUUACAACUCGCAACUGCGCUGGUAGCAUCAUGGAGAAACCAAACCCCUCCAGGGCGCUUCCUGCAAAGAACGGAUCCAUCAAAGGGUGACGAGAGUCUGUGGCAUGAUAUUGGGGAUGCAGCGGCCACAAAGAAAGCACUCAAUACUCUUCGGCAACAAAUACCUACUAAUGAGUUUCUGGCUGCAAUACGAAAGAAAGAUGCCCCUGCGGAAAACCCGUUCGUUGCAGCUGCAAAACCUGCUGCGUCUAGAGGUGAUGGGAACAGCCAACAGCGCUCAAACAUACCGGUAUGUGCGUUGCAUCAGGCUGACAAUUACAUCCAACAUCAGCAAUACUUUGACAUUUCUCAGCUUGCACCAUAUGACAUUCAUGCCUCAAUGCUUCCUUUUCAGGCGCAUCUGCAGCAGACCCAACCAUGGCCGUUGGUUGCAUCUGCUAAUCCCGCUGCGUCCGGUGGUGGUGAAAGCGGACAACAAAAUUCGAAUCUACCGGUAUGUGCAGGUCAAGGUGACGUCUACAUCCAAGAUCAGCAGCAGCAGCACCCACACGCUUGUGACCUUGCGCAACGUGACUUUCAUGCCUCUACGUAUGAACGUUUCCAGACAAAUCAACAGACCCAAGAAGGGCAAAUGACGUAUGGUUCAGUUCAGUAUAACCCGAACCAGCCCAUAAGCUUCCCUCAGGAGUUGGCGACGAGCAGACAGUGGGAGAAUGAGCAAUCCUCCAUGAGUGCUAAGCUUGCCGAUGAAUGGUUUACAUCCCAACAAGCGUCCUCCUUCCGAGAUCUUCCAGUUCAAUAUCGACAACAACAUUCCCCGCAGCCACUGCAACCGCCGCCACCACUGCCAGAACUACCACCCAUACAGGAACAACAAAUCGAGCCGCUAAACCUGGAAACAAUCGGAGCCGAGCGUACAAGGAUACCCACUAUUGGCGAACAAAUGCCAACCGCGGAGCAACUUACCAGUGACGCCUUUUCGGAUAGAGGAAAUUUAUCCCCCGAUUCGGCGGGAAGCGAGCUCAAGGGAAAGAAAACCCGAUGGGGUUAA